CCUGCCUUGAGGCCCCUCAUGUCCCCGGGAUGGUUUCAUCAACAUCACCAUCACCACCACCAUCAACAACAUUUAUUUAUUUAAAUUUAUUGGCCGUCUGACUCCUGUGAACUCUGGGUGGUGCACCAAACUCGAAAGAUUGAAAAAGAGUGAAAAAUAUUUGCGUAUCUUCCCCCCCCCCUCAGUGGCACCAUUUUCCCGCCAUUUUUCCUCCUUCCCCACCAUCCAUCUUGGCUCCUUCCCCUCCUGGACCGCCCUUCGUCUUCUUCCUGAUCAGUUCAGAUUUAGACUUUCCUCUCAGAAAGGAAAGCAAAGCCUGUCACCUGCCCCAACCAUUUUUAUUUUCAGAAGCAAAACAUUUACAUUACUGGGAUUAUUUCAGAUAAGCCCGUGUGAGGAGAGCUUGACAGGAUCUGAAGCAAAGAGACAGACAGUCAAGAGAGCUAAAAUUAUCCUUAAAUCGAUAAAGGGUGCUGUUAUCUAGAAAUAAAAACAUGAAGAGGAAUUUCACUGACAGUUCUUUGAUGCGUAGUACAGCAGGCUGCCUUCCGGUUCCUCUUUUCAAUCAGAAGAAAAGGACCAAGCAACCUCUGACAUCAAACCCGCUUAAAAAUGACCUAAGCAGUAACAAUUCAGCUGAUCAAUUCAAUUUCUCGGCCAUGCUCGCAGAUUUCGGAUGGGAAACUGAGAAGCCAGAACCGAUCCAACUGCAGAAAACAGUAGGCACCGACCCAACAGAGCUUGUUAUGCCAUCUUCUUUGUCGAGGCAACAACACACAUCAAAGCCGACAAUGCCUCAUACAGGAAGCAACUGGAGGCAGGAGGAAAGCACUAAUGUUUGGAAAAGAAAUGACUUCCCAGCUUUUGGCAACAGAACGGAGAACAAAAAGCUUUCACAGCUGGACGACCACCCCAGUUAUUGGAUGAAGCCUGGACACAUGUACCAGAAGCCAGCAGCCCUGCCACAGGCAUCGGAGAGAAGCAGGACAGAUGCGGCAGAAGAUUGGGAUCCAGCUGUUUCCCAGUGGCCUGUGGUACCAACAGCCCGAUUCAGAAACCUGCAGACCCAGGAUCCCUCCUACACAUUUAAGCCCAGCCCUUCCCAACAAAACGCCCUCAAGGAAAAAGCUGACAAUUUGCAAAAGAGCCAAACGAUUCAGAAAAAGCCGGUGGGCCAGUCUAAAAGGAAAGAAAAAGAGAAUUCUCUCCGAAUUUUAUCUGCUGUCAUUGAGAGCAUGAAGCACUGGAGCCAGUAUGCUGGUAAAACUCCACUGUUAUUUGAAGUCCUGGGUGUUCUGGAUUCCGCUGUUACCCCUGGACAAUUUGGGUCAAAAACUUUCCUUUUGAGGGAUGGAAAAGAAACCGUGUCGUGCGUAUUUUAUGAGAUUGAUCGCGAGUUACCAAGGUUAAUCAGAGGCCGAGUUCACAGGUGCAUGGGAAAUUACGACGCAAAACACAAGGUGUUCAAAUGUGUGUCUGUGAGGCCAGCAACAACUGCUGAACAGCAAACUUUCCAGGAUUUCGUCAAGGCCGCGGAUGGGGAGAUGUGCCGGUUUGUGAAAACAAGCAACGAAGUUUAAAUCUUUUUGAUGCAGAAUUUCAGAAUCUUUGAAGAAACACGUCACUUAUUUUUGUGCGUCUUCGCUGGAGGUUGUAACACAAAAGGGAAGUCAUUCUAGAAGUUCUUUUUAUUUGCCAU